ACGAAUGAGCUCAAUUAAGUCUGGAGAAUCAGAUCUGUUCACAAGUGCGCAUUACGAAACUGGAUAUUCAGUUUAAAACCACACAGCUGUAGGAGACAGAGACAAACGUCAAGAUAAUGGAAGUUGAUUGCAACCAGUGCGAUUCACCCAAAACUACUUUUGAAGACACUAUUGAUGCUGCAGAUGUUAAGGAUAUGAGGCUGGAAGCUGAGGCAGUGGUCAAUGAUGUUCUGUUUGCCGUAGCAGACAUGCAUGUGUCUAAAAUCCUCCAAAAUGCUGUGGAUGUAGCAUACAUCAAUGUGGAGAUUAAAGAAGGGAAUCGUUACUGUUUAGAGCUGACAGAGGCUGGACUCCGGGUAGUAGGAUAUACAUUUGACCAUGUGGAUGAGAGUACAAUAGCACAUUAUCAUGAGACAGUAUACUCCCUGUUGGAUUCCCUCAGUCCAGCCUACAGGGAAGCAUUUGGAAAUGCCCUGCUUCAGCGUUUGGAAAGACUAAAACAAAAUGGACAGUAGUAACAGUAACUGUCUCUUGAGCAUUUACUAUUCCAGACAGUUAAAGAGUAAUGGGUAUUCACUGUGGAUAUGAGAAGACAGACAAAAAUAUCAAGAAACCCUUCCAGGCCAACUGCUUAAAUUUUAUGUUAUUGUUUUACAGUUCAUCACUACCAUGACAGUCAACAUCUUUUUGUUCUACAAAAAUAUUGUAUUUCAUUUAGUUGUGUGCAUUUUGGAUCAUUUACAUAAAUACACAGCAGAUGUAGAAUUAAGGCCAGCAGUCUGGAAUAGCAAGAGCUAGUAUAUCCACCUUAAAGGAGGAUGUAAUAUAUGAUGUUCUUGCACAUUUUUGAAGGUGUAGCAGUCUUUUGCUCUCCUGUAUGUUUUGUGAGGCAAACCGCACUAAUGUUUUGGGGACUGACCUCAUGAAAAAUGUCGAUAUGCUUAUCUGUAUGCUAAACAGUGAUGUGCACAUUAAAACUGUUCUUUUUGCAUACAGAAAUAUGGCUUUGUAGUAAUGAAAAAGAAACAUUUUAAUUUUGUGAACUGAUCAUCGGGAUAGAGUUGUACCAAAUAGUACUUUUUUUUUUUUUUAAACAGAUAAUAAUUUUAUUGGAUAUUUGCCUUAAAUUUGAUUCUGUUUUUUAAUGUUUGUGCUUUUAAUUUGUGUAUGAGAAAAAAAAAUCUCUUUCUGUAUAUUAAAGCACAUAUCAAAAAGAGUGGCUUGAUCUUUCAGCUGCUUGGUUUGGAUACAUUGAAGUAAUGGUUGUGUAUGCUAAAUGGGAACGUAUGAUUCAAAGAGUAAAACCACUGCAGAUCUUAGUUUUUCCAUAAAAUGUGUUUUCUUUAAUAGUAAAGGCAUUACAUGUUACAAGAAUUUAGGUUUAUUUGGAUUAGCUUCUAGUUUUCAUCAACUCACACUCUACAUAUGCUACUAGUGCCACAGUAAACUGAAAAAAUCCUUUUAGUCAAAAACGAUUGGCUUUUACAUUCAAGUACUGUAUAAAUAUAGGUAUGGUCAAAUUAUUAAUGGAAAAAAGGAAGCAGCAUGAAAAUAUUUUUCACUUUUAAUUCCUUUUUUUCAUAUACACAAAAAAUGAAAUUAAGAUUCUUCUGCCUAGUAUGGUUCAAAUAAGGCUUAAUAUUUUUCCUAGAUCAAUACUAUGUGUUUUUUGUUGGUAUUCCCUGAAUUUGUAUUUUCAGCUGCAGUGGUUUGCAUUCUUCUAUAUGUGAUUGCUUGUGAAAGUUUAAUUUUCAAAUUUAGCAGUGUUCAAUAAAUUUGAAAUAUUAAGCGGGUUUGAGAAUGUAUGUAUGCAUAUUUAAACCAAAAAAAGCAUCUUAAGAAAUAAAGGAAAAAAAAAAUGUAAAUCUUUCUUCUUUAAAGCAUGAGUCACUACACCAGACAGUUAGAGUAAUGGUUAUUACUGUAAAUAUGAGAAGACAGACAAAAAUGUCAAGAGAUGCUUCCACUUGUUUUAGAAAACAAAAAUGUCAAGAGAUGCUUCCACUUGUUUUAGAAAACAAUAAAAAAAGUAUACUUUUUAUAGCUUAUUAAAAAUGGGAAACAAAAUACCAUUAUAGCUGUAUUGCAGUUGCAAUACACCCGUACCCUUAUUUAAACUGGACACUGUGUCCCAAUCCUACACAAAGAAAAGUGACAGUAAGCCCUCUUAAAGUACUGCUGCAGUAUAGACUGCAGCUG